UGAUUUUGUAUCUACGUCUAUUACUACUACUACUACUACUACUACUACUACUACUACUACUACUACUACUACUACUACUACUACUACUACUACUACUACUACUACUACUACUACUACUACUACUACUACUACUACUACUACUACUACUACUACUACUACUACUACUACUACUACUACUACUACUACUACUACUACUACUACUACUACUACUACUACUACUACUACUACUACUACUACUACUACUACUACUACUACUACUACUACUACUACUACUACUACUACUACUACUACUACUACUACUACUACUACUACUACUACUACUACUACUACUACUACUACUACUACUACUACUACUACUACUAAUACCAUUGUUAAUAGUAGUACUGGUAGUAAUUUCCGUUAUUUCAUCUUUCAAUGUUAUUCUAAACAGUUGUCUGCUUUUUAUUUGACCCGUAGUCAGAACCACCGGUCUAAC